UAUUCUCCGGUGGUGGCAGCAGGAAUGCUGCAAUGAAUGAGCAUCCCUCCCGGCGAGGAUAAUCCAGGUGCCUCCUCUCCGCCCGCUUUGAAGGCCCAUCCAGGAUCGCGCCCAGGACCACCCAGAUCCUCAGCUCAUCCCCGGGAGCCUGAAGGAGGAGGAGGAGGAGGAGGGAGACAGGCUCCCCACCGCCCACCGCUCUUCUUCUUCUCUUCCUCCUCGAGCUCAUUGUUGGCGUGGCUGUUUACCGCUGCGGUUCCCCGGUGCCCAGGAUGAGGCGGGCUUUGGGUGCCGCCUCUCAGUGGGCAUCGCCACGGUUGCUGCCGGGGAAUUCUGCCUAAUUCCGCCCCCUCCCUCGCCCCCGGCCCCCGGGCAGCGACGAGUGGCGGCUUCGGAGGCAGGGAUUGCAGCAGCUGCAGCAGCAGGGACAGCCACCACCCUGCCAGCCCUCCCCGCAUGCAGGUCUGAGGAGCCCAGCUGAUCCGCUCCUAGGAAGGGCAGGGAGGCCUUUCAGGUGGGAGUCGGCAGAGGGGUCGCCGGGGAGGGCGGGAAGGAGAGAGGGGCAGUGGCAAGAUGGCUAAUAAAGCCAAGCAGAGCGAGGCCCUGAAGGUGGUGGCUCGGUGCCGACCCAUGAGCAGGAAGGAGGAGGCUGCUGGCUCGGAACAGAUCCUGGAGAUGGACGUGAAGCUGGGGCAGGUGACUCUUCGGAGCCCCCGGGCCACCCCAGGCGAGCUGCCCAAGACCUUCACCUUCGAUGCCGUGUACGAUGCCAGCUCCAAGCAGGCCGACCUGUACGACGAGACGGUGCGGCCGCUGAUCGAUUCGGUGCUGCAGGGCUUCAACGGCACCGUGCUCGCUUACGGCCAGACGGGCACGGGCAAGACCUACACCAUGCAGGGCACUUGGGCUGAACCCGAGCAGCGCGGGGUUAUCCCCAAUGCCUUCGAGCACAUCUUCACCCACAUCUCCCGCUCCCAGAACCAGCAGUACCUGGUGCGGGCCUCCUACCUGGAGAUCUACCAAGAGGAGAUUCGUGACCUGCUCUCCAAGGAACCCGGUAAGAGGCUCGACCUGAAGGAGAACCCCGAGACGGGCGUGUACAUCAAGGACCUCUCGUCCUUUGUCACCAAGAACGUCAAAGAGAUCGAGCACGUGAUGAACCUGGGGAACCAAGCCCGGGCCGUGGGCAGCACGCACAUGAACGAGGUCAGCUCCCGCUCCCACGCCAUCUUCGUCAUCACCAUCGAGUGCAGCGAGCAGGGGUCGGAUGGCCAGGAUCACAUCCGCGUGGGCAAGCUCAACUUGGUCGAUCUGGCAGGCAGCGAGCGGCAGGGCAAAGCCGGGCCCAGCCCAGGCGGAGGCGGCGCCGCCCAGGCCCUGGGGGGCGGCGGGGGAGGCGGUGGCGGCGGGGAACGGCCCAAGGAGGCGUCAAAGAUCAACCUGUCCCUCUCCGCGCUGGGCAACGUCAUCUCGGCCCUCGUGGAUGGCAAGAGCACCCACAUCCCCUACAGAGACUCCAAGCUCACCCGGCUGCUGCAGGACUCUCUGGGGGGCAAUGCCAAGACCAUCAUGGUAGCCACCGUGGGGCCAGCCUCCCACAGCUACGACGAGAGCCUGUCGACCCUGCGCUUCGCCAACCGGGCCAAAAACAUCAAGAACAAGCCACGGGUGAACGAGGACCCCAAGGACACCCUGUUGCGGGAAUUCCAGGAGGAGAUCGCCCGGCUCAAGGCCCAGUUGGAGAAGAGGGGUAUGCUGGGGAAGAGGCCGCGGCGGAGGAGCAGCCGACGGAAGAAGGCCGCGGCCGAUGAAGGGGGCCCAGAGGCUCCCUUGCGGGAGGCCUGGGUGGCAGAGGAGGAGGAUGAUAACAACAAUAACACCCACCCUCCCCAGCCCAUUGUGGAGACCGCACUGGAGAAUAACGUGGAGAAUUACCUGCAGGAGCAGAAGGAGAGACUGGAGGAGGAGAAGGCCGCCAUCCAGGAUGAUCACAGCCUGGUGAGCGAAGAGAAGCAGAAGCUGCUGGAAGAGAAGGAGAAGAUGAUCGAGGACCUGCGGCGCGAACAGGAGGCCCUGGAGCUUCUUGCUACCAAGUACAAGGCAAUGGAGAGCAAACUGCUCAUUGGGGGCCGGAAUAUAAUGGACCACACCAACGAACAGCAGAAGAUGCUAGAACUGAAGAGACAGGAGAUCGCAGAGCAGAAACGGCGGGAGCGGGAGAUGCAGCAAGAGAUGAUGCUCCGGGAUGAGGAGACCAUGGAGCUGCGGGGCACCUUUUCAUCUCUGCAGCAGGAAGUUGAAGUCAAGACAAAGAAGCUUAAGAAACUCUAUGCGAAGCUACAGGCUGUGAAGGCUGAGAUCCAGGAUCAGCAUGACGAGUACAUCCGUGUGCGACAGGAUCUGGAAGAGGCGCAGAAUGAGCAGACACGAGAACUCAAACUCAAGUACCUGAUCAUCGAAAAUUUCAUACCUCCAGAGGAGAAAAACAAGAUCAUGAACCGCCUUUACCUGGACUGUGAGGAGGAACAGUGGAAGUUCCAGCCACUGGUCCCAGCGGGAGUCAAUAACAGCCAAAUGAAGAAGAGGCCAACUUCCGCAGUGGGCUACAAGAGACCCAUCAGCCAGUACGCCCGGGUUGCCAUGGCAAUGGGGUCUCACCCCAGAUAUCGGGCAGAGAACAUUCUAUUCCUGGAGCUAGAUGUGACCCCGCCAGCUGUCUUCAAGGUGGAGUUCUCCCGUGACCAGGAACAAGAUCCCCGCCUACAGCACUUGGAGAGGCUCAUGCAACUCGACAGCUUCCUCGAAAGGCCUACAUCCUCCAGAGUCCGAAAGUCCAGGUCCUGGUGCCAGAGUCCUCGACUGCUGCCAUCUUCUUCCUCGCAUGUCUCUCUGGCCUCGGGCUCCCUGAGGCCCUCUACGACAAUGUCCCACGAAUGACACCUCCAAGAAUGAUGUUGCCCAUCCAUACACAGACUCCCGGCUGAGGGGCAGCCUGCUCCUGGCCGUCUCAUCUGCCGCUUUGCGUGCGUGCCUCUAUGUGUGUGUGUGCGUGUGCGUAUGUGUGUAUGUGUGUGCGCGUGUGCAUGCGCACUCACACGCGCGUAGGGGGAGAGUCUGGGAAGAGACUCUAAUGGCUCCUCUUCCCCCAUUCUUCAGCCUUUCCUUUAUUUAUUUAACAUUAUUUAUUUGUGGCGCUCAGCUGGUGAUGGGGAAAAAUAGAAGACUUUUGGCAGCAGUCACUGGACAGGCUUCUUCCCCUAUUGCCAGUACCCUUAGGUGGACCUUAGGCCAAUGCCCCCUGCCAGCUCCACCGGGAACAGGAGGCCAGUGGCUGAGAAGCUAGUUCUACCUCUACCCAUUCCAUCCCAAGAUUGCAGUCUCCUCAACUCCCGUGGUGUUCGUGGGCCUCUGGGUGUUUUCCUGUUGACAGAAGGUAGAAGAGUAACCUGAGAGGAGAAGGGAAGAGGUGUGAGGGCAUCCUGGGAGAGGUACCUCCCAGACGUGCGGAAUUGGGAGGAGAAACUCGCACCCUGAGAGCCCAGGCUUCACUCUUUGCUUGGGACCUGGCCAAGGACUCUUGAUGGCCUCAUUCAGCCAGUCUACAACCUUCAUCUGGACUUCACCCCUGCCCCGUCUCGCUCCCUCCCUAAUCCUUGGGCUGGAUCCCAGGGCCGGGGGAGUCAGUUGCUGCUUCCUUGGAACCUUAUGAAGACAUCCCACCCAGGCAUCUGGUGAGGCCCCUUUACUCCCACCUACUCCUGGUAGGAAGGGCAAUCUUAGAAACUGAGAUGGUACGUGCUUUCCGUGACCAAGGAGCUGCACUUUGCUACUGCAGCCAGUCUCCUACCCCAACUGCCUUCUGCUUGAAGGUCCAAGGUUGAAUCCGUCUGCACCUCCCUAUCCCCAGCAGCUUCUCCGUCUAUGUACCCCUAAUGCGUUUCUCCCUUCUCUCCAUCUCCACAGACCUGCUCGCAUUCCAUACAACCACUGGGCCCUUGCCUUCCUGAAAUCCGACACAACCCUUUGCACCUGAGAGGAAGGAGAGACCGUGGCUUCUCCUGCAUCAGUCCCCAAUCUCAUAGUUGUCACUCUUUCCUCUAUCUCCUUCCCUUGAAGCCUUUCAGUUUCCUUCAAUGUCACCAACCUGCGAGGGGGUCACACAUCUAGAUAACAUCGCCUGUCCCUCUGUAGCAACAGAGGAUUAGGGAAAUGGGGGGUACUGCUGAACUGUUCCCGCUUUCACCUUUCCCCAUUCUCCAUAGAGAGUUGCACUCCAGAAGGAGGUCUCCAGAUUUGCUUGCUGCACAAUUCCCGCUCUCUCUUCAGGAUGUCCUCACUCCAGUCUUCCUUAGGAGACUCUGGCCUGGGCCCAGGGUAGAUGGGCAACCCAUCCUAACCUGCUUUUAGGCACAGCCAUUGUUCUUCAGGAGAAACUGUCCCUUCUGUCCCCAUCUCUUGGAGCCUCAGCAAGUUGACUGGAGCAGCCUGGCAAGGGUUGGGAAAAGAGUUGCAGAGAAAAUUUCCAGUUAUCAAGAGGCUGCUUGUUUGCCGAGUCCUAAGUAACUAAGUUAAGCCACUUCUCCUGCCAACCUUUCAGCACCUGGAAAAUAUCAGAUUGGUUGUCACUGAUAUUUCACCCCCAUCCCUCUGAUCCAGGCUGGGGCUGGGACUCACUUUCCCUCAUCUCCUCCUUUCCAACCCCCCUUAUUUAGUGACCUGGGACCUCCCAGUCUGAUAGCACAACCCCCACUCCCCACCCCCAGUCCGAGGUCCAGGCCUGUGGUGUGAGAGGAGGGCUGUCAGUUGGGUGGCCUGGGUGUUGCCCUUGUUUUUUGUGAUGUGUGUAUGCGUGUGUGCCUUGCUAAGGGCACUCUUCACACUCGGUAUGGGUUUCACGUGCUGGGGACAGGGCCGUGGGGCAGCACAGUCCCAGUUUCCCUCUUUCUCUCUUUUUUUUUCCCCCUCUUGAUGGAUCAGACAUUGGAUUGACAAAAUGAGGGCCUUAAUUAGGACCAAAUUUAUGUGCCUGUUGCUGUGGUAACUUAUUCAGACCUCCAGAGUUUACCGAAUGGUGGCCCAUCCUUGUCACUCUAUACAUGCGAAUAUACAGAACCUAUUAUAAAUAUAUAUAUAUAUAUAUGAACUAGUAUCCACACUGAGGGCCCAAGUGCCCCCCUGGCUCGGGUUGGCGGUCUCUCUGUUGAGCUGGUAAGGCAUCUGCGCCGUGGUGCCAUCAGCAACCCACAGGCCCCAGCCCUACCCAAACCAACAAAAUCAACAAUAAAGGAAUGAGCAUCA